AUGGGAAUGCCAAUGGUAUCCAACAGAGUUGCAUUAUCGACAAUUGGGGAUGGUCAAUUGAACUCGAACCAAUCAUUAAGUUGUUCAACACCACUAGCUAAUAAACAACGGACCAAGCUUCGCCAAAACACUGACGAGUUCAAGUCAAUGCUUUCCCUUACACCAAGUAAACAUAAAAGGAGAUUACCCGAUAUGGUGACCAAGUCAUUCUCAAUUGAAAAAUCAGGCACCUACUAUAAUAGCAAGAGAUCGCCAGCGAUUAAGUCAACGAGCUUUGCUGAAUUCAAUACUGAUACUUCACCUACUUUGCAUUUAAAAUCUUCAGCUUCAGCAUUCAAGAACGACAAGGCAGGCUUAGCUGCUACGAAGUUGAAGUUGAGAUUACAAUUUGCUCUUUAUAAAGUGCAACAAAACAAGUCGAACUCAGCAGACACCACCACGAUACAAAGGGGUAGUAGUGCCAAGGUAGACGAAUUAAACUUUUUGAACCCAAUUUUGAGCCCUUCAGCCUCAAAAAAGGGCACACCUACUGCAUCGCCAAACUAUGAUGCAUACGCUAAGGCCAUGUCAUCGUUGCUCACACCACCGGAACCCAAAACAUACUACACAAAGUCCAUAAAUGUCAAUUUACAAACCAAAACUAAAGCUUCUUCGUCCACGACCACGUCUUUAUCAACUGUUGCUCAAAACAAGGCAAAGAAGAGAGACCAAAAGUUAAAAUUAUUUCAAAUCAAGAAAAGCAGCAUCCAUUACGCUGGAAACCAAAAGAAAUUGCCGUUAAUCCGCCAAAAACAAGACGUGAAAACAAAAUCCACACCCAGUUUUAACUUAUUUUGUCCAUCCAUUAGCAUAUAUGGCUCAAUGAACUCGUCAUUCAAUACCCCUCCAUCUACCUCAUUACCAGCAAUAACCCUCAAUCACAAAUCUGAAACUCAAUUACCACCAAUCAACAAAAUUUUGAAAACACCAAUUAAGCGCGCUAACCUCUCUAGGUCAUUGAGGUUUCAGCAAUCAUUCAACAAUGCUGCGCCCGAUGUAGUUGCUGCUUCAAGAAUGCCUACCACGGUAGAUGAUACCAUAGAUGAAGAUAACGACAUGACAAUGUUGCAAAACACCACUAUGCAUAAUAGCACAAUUGAUCAACACGAGUCAAACUCAACCAUGAUUACAAAGGACAUUGAUGAAACCAAGAUUGAAGACGAAGAAGAAGAAGAAGAGGGGGAGGAAAAGAAGGCAGUUUUAACUUCUUCGCCAUUUCAUAACAACCUAGGCACUCCAAACAGUUUCAGUGUGGCCAAAUCAUUAUUACAAUUGGGCGGACACAGAAUGUAA